UCUCACUCCAGCUCUCCUCACUCCCCCCAAUAUAUAGACUCGAAGACCACUCCCCGUACUCCGUCCGAUCCCUUUUUUCCCUUCUCAAUCUCCGUCGUCGUCCGCGUCGAAAUCCAAAUCCCCAAAUUCGUCGGCAAAGAUGAGGGAGAUCCUCCACGUGCAGGGUGGGCAAUGCGGGAACCAGAUCGGAUCCAAAUUCUGGGAAGUCGUGUGCGACGAGCAUGGGAUCGACCCCACUGGAAAGUAUGUAGGCAACUCCGAUGUGCAGCUCGAGCGCGUCAAUGUGUACUACAACGAGGCCUCGUGCGGGCGCUACGUGCCACGAGCAGUGCUCAUGGACCUUGAGCCCGGGACCAUGGACAGUGUGCGCACCGGGCCCUAUGGCCAGAUCUUCCGUCCCGACAACUUUGUCUUCGGUCAGUCGGGUGCGGGGAACAACUGGGCCAAGGGGCACUACACUGAGGGAGCCGAGCUCAUCGAUGCCGUGCUCGAUGUAGUGAGGAAGGAGGCAGAGAACUGUGAUUGCCUCCAAGGUUUCCAAGUGUGCCAUUCUCUUGGUGGAGGAACUGGAUCUGGCAUGGGCACACUAUUGAUAUCAAAGAUCCGAGAGGAGUACCCCGACCGCAUGAUGAUGACCUUCUCAGUUUUCCCAUCACCCAAAGUUUCGGACACUGUCGUCGAACCCUACAAUGCCACUCUUUCUGUCCACCAGCUAGUGGAGAAUGCAGAUGAGUGCAUGGUUCUUGACAAUGAAGCCCUCUAUGAUAUCUGCUUCCGGACUCUGAAGCUGACCACUCCUAGCUUUGGAGAUCUGAACCAUCUGAUCUCCGCCACCAUGAGUGGGGUUACUUGCUGCCUCCGGUUUCCGGGCCAGCUCAACUCUGACCUCCGCAAGCUUGCCGUCAACCUCAUCCCCUUCCCACGCCUCCACUUCUUCAUGGUCGGCUUUGCCCCUCUUACCUCCCGUGGGUCCCAGCAGUACCGGGCCCUCACUGUCCCUGAGCUCACCCAGCAAAUGUGGGACUCCAAGAACAUGAUGUGUGCUGCUGACCCCCGCCACGGCCGCUACCUCACUGCCUCUGCCAUGUUUCGUGGCAAGAUGAGCACCAAAGAAGUCGACGAGCAGAUGAUCAAUGUCCAAAACAAGAACUCUUCCUACUUUGUCGAGUGGAUCCCCAACAACGUGAAAUCAAGUGUGUGCGAUAUACCGCCAAGAGGCCUCUCCAUGGCAUCUACUUUCAUAGGUAACUCAACCUCCAUACAGGAGAUGUUCAGGAGGGUGAGCGAGCAGUUCACAGCUAUGUUCAGGAGGAAGGCCUUCUUGCAUUGGUACACUGGGGAAGGCAUGGAUGAGAUGGAGUUCACUGAAGCUGAGAGCAAUAUGAAUGAUCUCGUAUCAGAGUAUCAGCAGUAUCAAGAUGCCACUGCUGAUGAGGAAGGUGAGUAUGAGGAUGAGGAGGAGGAGGCGCAGGAGGAAAUGUAGAAGUGACCGGAGGUAUAUAACCCAUAUGCUUGUUUGGUCUUGAGAAUGUCUUAUCCAUUCGUCGUCCUAUAUAUCUUUCCGUUGAGUGAGUUGUUGUUAUGUUUGUUCUACUCUGUAUUGUCAUUGCUGUUCCUGCUGUUAGAAACCUUUGAACUCUGUUGUCAGCCCUUAAUUCAAUAUACUUCAUAUAUGUUCCUGGGUUGUUGUGUAGUAGUUCUAAGUGCAUCGUUCUAAGUGCCUUAUAAAUAUGUAUUAUUUCUGUGUGCCAUUUUUCA